GUCUGUGACGAAGAAUGGCUCAUGGAAUGGACUCAUCGGAAUGCUAACGAGAAACGAAGUCGACAUCGCAACCACAAACCUCAUCGCCACUGCACAGAGAUUGGACGUCGUAGAUUUCAUCAGUCCCAUAGCAGACGUUAGAACCACAGUUCACAUACGGAAACCGGACCCAGUUUCAAACAUCAGCAACUUAGUAAGGGCUUUCGACACUGCGUUUUGGGGCGCCGUCGUGAUGACUAUAGCAUUACUAUCAACAAGUCUCUCACUGUCAAUAGUUUGGUAUCACGUGAGCAUCCGCUUAGAGAAACAUCUCUGUGAUAUUAUUAGUGAGUCCUUUCUCCAUAUAUCUGGAAGCUUCUUAUGUCAAGGAUCGACAAUAAAUGUAAGGUCAUCAGUAAUCCGUGCAAUUUCCGUGACGUCAUACCUAACAGCGACGGUGGUAAUGGCUGCCUAUUCAGCUGCGUUCGUGUCUAACCUCACAAUACAGAGCCUGCAGCUUCCGUUCACAACUUACGAAGGCCUUUUGAAGGAUGGAAGAUUCCGCUUACUCGCAGUCAGCGGGACGGCCCAACUAAACUACUUUGACCAAUCUUCAAAUCCACUGAUAGAAGAAGUGUACGAGACGCUCAUGAAACCAAUAAAGCAAAGCAUGCCAAGGUCACAGGCCGAAGGUCUUCAGCGGCUCUGCUCAGAAGACCACAUAGCCUUCGCUGGCGUGGAAACUGGGGUGGACUCUUUUAAAGGACAGCUGGCGUGUGAGAUCGUGCGCCUUCCAGCCACAGCGAUACCAGCCAGCAUGGCCAUGGCAAUUACGAAGGGAAGUCCUUACAAGAGGAUUCUCAGUCAUUAUUCUUCAGAACUCCGUCGAAAUGGUAUUCUGUCGAGAAUUUCCAGCACGACAAUUCCCAGGACGCUGGACAACGCAGGAGAAUUAUUUAGUGAAAUAGAAUUCAAGUCUGUGGCUCUCCUAUUUACUGCACUGGCGAUGGGUUUUGUGGCAGCCAUUACAAUUUUAAUAGGGGAACUUAUAUCAAAGUACGUGCUUACUAAACUUGAGUUUCCGCAAAUUUGUUGGUAUAAAAAAUAAUGCAUAGUAACAUCAAGCUUAUUUCUUAAUAGAAAAUAAAACAGCGACGUGAUUUGUCCAUAAUUGAAUGAUCAUUUCAUGGGCUUGUAUUUUACUUAGUUGCAUUGUGUAAUACUUUCAAAGUACCAAAACUUUAUUUCUAACCAACAGAUCAAAAUGUGUGACUCUUCAAAGCUUUAAGCCUUCUAAUUUUUGAAAUCUCAAGCCUUGAGAUCUCGUUUUUGUUUAGUGAUCUGUCUACUUCUGUACUCCUUUGAUUUGACAGUUAUUCAAUAGCGUUACAGUGAAUAAAAUGACUUAUCGUACAAGUGAA